AUGGUUGAGGAGGUCAGCGAGGAGCGGAGCGGCGACCAGCCCGCGGGCGACGACGAUGCGACGACGGCGCCGGUUCCAGAGAGGGCCCAGGUCGGGGGCUCCCCGGUUUACAUCGUGGAACGCAAGUUGGGUAAGGGUGGUUUCGGUCAGGUGUACGUGGGGCGGAGGGUAACGUCGUCCGGGACGCGCGGCAGCGAUACCGGCUCCGCGAACGCAAAUCAGGUGGCGCUCAAAUUCGAGCACCGGAGCAGCAAGGGAUGUAACUACGGUCCCCCGUACGAGUGGUCCGUGUACAACGCCUUCUCGUCCCUCGGCGGCAUCCUCGGCGUUCCCAAGGUGCACUACAAGGGCAGACAGGGGGAGUACUACGUGAUGGUCAUGGACCUCCUCGGGCCCUCGCUCUGGGACACGUGGAACACCAACGGCCAGAUCAUGUCGCAGGAGAUGGUCGCGUGCAUCGCGGUGGAGGCGCUCGCCAUCCUCGAGAACUUCCACAGUAAAGGGUUCGUGCACGGCGACAUCAAGCCCGAGAACUUCCUCCUCGGCCCGCCGGGCACCCCCACCGAGAAGAAGCUCUACCUGGUGGACCUCGGGCUCGCCACUCGAUGGCGCGACGCCAUCUGCAGCACGCACGUCGACUACGAUCAGAGGCCCGACAUCUUCAGGGGGACGGUUCGAUACGCGUCGGUGCACGCCCACCUCGGGCGCACGGGUUCGCGCCGCGACGAUCUCGAGUCGCUGGCGUACACUCUCCUGUUUUUGCUCAAGGGGAGGCUGCCGUGGCAGGGGUACCAAGGGGACAACAAGGGGUUUUUGGUGUGCAAGAAGAAGAUGGCGACGAGCGCGGAGGCGCUCUGCAGGUACACGCCCCCGGCGUUCCGCCAGUACAUGGAGGCUGUGGUGAACCUGAAGUUCGACGAGGAGCCCAAGUACGCGAGCCUGGCCUCGCUGUUCGAGCCCCUGUGCGGACCCAGCAACCGGAGGCCGAUCUCCACGGAGGGUGCCGAGAAGUCUCGCGUCGGGCAGAAACGCAAGGCUGAGCCCCUGGACGAGGAGGGCGAGGACGGCCGCCCGAAGAAAAAGGUUCGCCUGGGCAUGCCCGCGCAGCAGUGGAUCACCAUCUACAACGCGCACCGCCCGAUGAAGCAGAGGUACCACUACAACGUGGCCAACUCGCGCAUCGAGCAGCAUGUGGACAAGGGAAACGACGACGGGUUGUUCAUCAGCUCCGUGUCGUGCGCGCAGGAGCUGUGGGCGCUCAUCAUGGACGCGGGCACGGGGUUCAGCGCGCAGGUGUGGGAGCUGUCCACCCAGUUCCUCCCCAAAGAUUGGAUCCUCGAGCAAUGGGACGACGGCUACUACAUCACCGCCCUCGCCGGAUCCACGACGGGCUCCGCGCUGGUGAUCAUGUCCAAGGGCACGAGCUACACCCAGCAGUCGUACAAGGUGAGCGACUCGUUCCCGUUCAAGUGGAUCAACAAGAAGUGGAAGGAGGGCUUUUACGUCACGUCCAUGGCCACCAGCGGCACCAGGUGGGCCGUCGUCAUGUCGCGCAACGCCGGUUUCGUGGACCAGUGCGUCGAGCUGGACUUUAUGUACCCCUCGGAGGGGAUCCACAGGCGCUGGGACAGCGGGUUCAGGAUCACGUGCUGCGCCGCCACCCCGGACCAGGCGGCGUUCGUGCUCUCCAUCCCCAGGCGCCGGCCCGCGGACGAGACGCAGGAGACGCUGCGCACGAGCGCGUUUCCGAGCACGCACGUCAAGGAGAAGUGGGCGAAGAACCUGUACAUCAGCGCCGUCGCGUUUGGCAGGACGGUGUCUUAA